AUGAAAGAAAUUAUAACAGAGCUGAUUAAAUUAAGCACAAGUAGUAAUAAAGAGGUUAAAAUUACACUGGAAAGAGCUGAUCAGAUGAGUAUCAAUGAUAUAUUUGCUACUCUGCUAACUACUAAGAUGAAUAAUAAGGAUUUAAUUUACUUCCUUAAUAUAAUGCAUAGAUACUAUCAAUAUGUACCUAUAGAUAAGAUAGUUACUAUAAGAUCAUUUAAUUAUGAUAGGUAUAUCAUUAACUUAUUGAUUUUAUAUUUUGAUUUAUGUGUUUUACUGCUUGAUAAGAUGACCUAUGAAGAUCAAACUCAAAUAUUUGUUUAUCUUAUUGAAAUAGCAGAGAAUGAAAUUAUUCAUAAAGAAAACGUUCAAUUUUACAAAUAUUUUAAGAUAUUUUUAAAUGAAGAAAGGUUUUAUAAUUCAUUUAUUAACAACAAUCUUUAUAAGAAGUUUCCUUUUACAAAAGAAUUUUUAUUAGAUUGUUUUAUUGGAAAUAAAAGGGAUGAUUUACUACUAAUUAGAUUGGGGUAUGAAUUAAGUGAGUAUAAAUCACUUAUAUUUAAUAUUAAUAAAGCUAAUAAAAACAAACUGGAUAGGUGGUUGGUGUAUAACGGAUGGUCAUCGAUUAAUGAUAUAUCAAAAUUAUUUGAUAUGUACAAUUUAGAAAUAUUUUUUGAUGAUUUAAUUACUAAAGAAUAUUUAGAGAAAACGUAUCACGUUUUUUAUAAUUCUAUAAAGAAAAGCUUAAAUAAGUAUAAUUUAAAUGAUUUAGAUUUGAAUGAAGUUGAUAACAAAUUUGUUAUUGAAAUCAAAAAUAAGCUUAAAUUAAAAAAGGAAAUGAAAGAAAAAGUGUUAAAAUUUAACAAUGGAGAUAGUAGUAUUAUAGAGGAAUUGGACAUUAGAUAUGUAAGAUUAAACAAGAAUGUUAGUAUGGAAAAGUUAAGUAAUUAUUUAUGUAAAUUAAAGAAUGUAGCUUAUUUAAAAAGAUGGGUUAAAACAUUUAAUUUUAAAAAUAUGAAUUCAUUGUCUGCUUUGAGAAUGUUUUUAGGAACUUUUCAAUUAGCCAGUGAAUCACAAAUUAUAGAACGAGUAAUUAAUAUAUUUAUAGCAGAAUAUUUAUUACAAAAUAACAUAAUUGAAAAGGAUGUUGAUAAUGUUAUUGAAUUUUUUACUAACUCAAAAGAUAACACUGUUAAUUAUUAUUAUCUUAUUGUUCAUUCCUUUAUAUUUCUUAAUACUGUUAUUCACAAGUCUAAUGGUGAGAUGAAAUUAUCACCUGAUGAAUACAAAGAAAAUAUUAUUAAUAAUUUAGAAGACACUAGUAUAGUUAAUGAUAAUGAGUUGGAUGACUAUGUUCUAAGUAUAAAGAAAAAUGAAAUUAAAAUUAAUAAGAAAUGGGUUGAUAGUUAUGAUAAGUUUAUUUUAUACCAAUCUAUUAAUAACUAUAAAGAAAUAGAUAAUAUUAACUAUCAUUUAAGUUUAUACAGAGUGAUAUUUACAACUAAUCUUGAUAUAUUUUAUUUAUUAGAUCCUAAAGAAUUUUUUAAUAUUUGUCAUAUUCUUAAAUUAGAUAAUGUCUAUCUUGAUUACUUAAUUGAUAGUAAUGUUAAUUUAUAUAGAUAUUUAUUAGCUUAUAAGUAUUAUCUAAUUAACUUUAAUAUUAAAACAUCAGAAAUUGAAUAUUUAUCAAUUAAAUAUUUCUUAAAACAGUUGGAGAGAAUUUAUAGUAAAUCAAAAGGAUUAUUAAAAAAUAUUUUUACGAAUAGUAAGAAUAUAAUUAAUCAAUCUUUUUAUACCAUUUACAACGAGUAUGAGAGUAUUAUAUUUAGUAGCUAUGAAUUGUUUAUUACUAAUUUGAUUGUUUUAAUGAAUGAGUGUAAUAGUGGUCAUUAUAAUAAUUUUACUAAGGAAUUACUGAAUAACAUUCUCUAUAAGAAUUAUGUUUUUUACAAAACUAAUAUUAAUUUUGAUAUUAAAAAUUUAAUAAGGUUAGUUAGUUUUCAUUUAAACUAUAGAAUUUUGAAUUAUGAUUUUAAUAUAAUUACUUAUAUAGACAAUAAUGAUCUAGUAAUAGAAUUGAUACAUAAGUAUAUUAAAGAUAACAGAGAUUACAGCAAUAUUAUCAAAUUUAUUGAAAAACGUAACUUACUUGAUAAUAACUUUCCUUUACUUUGUUUAAUUGAUACUUAUAGAUAUAAUACUGAUAGUUAUAGUAGAGUUAUUAUGGAAGAUGUUUUUGAUUUAACUAUUAAUUAUAAAGAAAUAAGGUUUUCAAAAGAAUUAAAGAAUGUGAAUAAUCUACUUAAAUUUUUAACAAGUCAAAACAUAUCAAUGUUUAAUCUUUUAAUUGCUAAAAAGAUUCACAAUGAAAAUUUGAAUGAUGUUUGUCCAUUUAGAUAUGAAAUAGGCGGUAAUUUAAUAUUUAAAUGGUUUAAUAGAAUUGGGUAUUUAUUAGUUAAGAAUGCUGAGUUAAGUGAUCCUAAACUUUAUAAUUAUACUUUGUAUAUUUUAAAUAAUCUAAGCAACAGUAUUUUAUUAUUUAUUGAGUUAAUUGAGUAUGUUUUAGAUAAAGAUUUUAGACUUAAUGAUAAGAUCGUAAAUAUUAACAUCAAAGUACUAAUAAAGAUACUUUUAACUAAAUUAGGCAAAGAUGAUGUGAGAAUAUGCUGUGUUUACUACACAGAGAAUAUUGAUUUUAGCAACUUUAUAUUAAAAAUUGAAAAAUAUCUUAAUAAGGAAAGUAAAGAUUUUUUAAUAGAAUUAAAUAAUAAGAACAUAAGAAAGAAUAAUUUAGUAGAAAGUUUAUUAGAGUUAUAA